CGAUAGAAGAGCAGCGGCAGCGGGGACCACUGCGGGGACCAUGGUGAGGCUGUUAAAAAAAUACAGUCUAGAAAGAUUCUGACGGCAACAUUCGUCAUCGUAAGGUUAUUUAUAAGUACCGUACCGCACCUUCUUGUACUGAGUAUCACUACCUGUGAACGUCGGAUGAUCUAACUUUCGAUCCAUCAUUUCGGCCAGCUUGAAAUAUUACUACGAUAUAUCACAAAUCCACAUAAUCAGACACGUAUUUCUGAAGCACGAAUCAAGUAAGAGAAGACCACCUACCAAAAUGAGUUUACAAUGGACAAUUAUUGCCAUCUUUUUAUACUCGGAGAUAGCUGUUGUUUUGCUGCUCGUCUUGCCAAUAGCAUCCCCGAGAAGAUGGCAGAGAUUCUUUAAGUCGAGGUUCCUCCAAAGCUUGAAUAGUCAAGCUUCAAUUUACUUUCUAGUGCUAUUGGCUAUUCUGGUCUUGUUUUUGCUUGAUGCCAUACGAGAAAUGCGCAAGUACUCUAAUCUGGAAGCAGGCGAACACAUUCAUUUGAACUCCGAAAUGCAAGGUAAUAUGAGGCUAUUCCGAGCUCAGCGAAAUUUUUAUAUUUCUGGAUUUGCUCUUUUCUUAAGCCUUGUCAUCCGGCGUCUCGUUACACUGAUUUCUGCCCAAGCUACACUAUUAGCUCAAAGUGAAGCUGCCAUGCGUCAGGCGGUAUCUGCAACUACUACAGCUAAAUCACUUCUGGCGCAGAAGUCAUCCGGAGAAAGUGCUCAGAAUGAUUCCAAUGAAGCUCAUAAUAAAGCAGUAUCUGAACUGAAAAAUCAAAUCAGUGAGUUGAACAAGCAGAUAUCUGAACUUGAGGCUGAUUUGCGGAGAGAAAGAAAGGACAAAGAAGCUGUCACAUCACAGGCAGAAUCUCUUGUCAAAGAAUAUGAUAGGCUUAGUGACGAACACGCUAAAUUACAAUGCAGCGGAGAUAAAAAGAUGGAAUAAAGCUAAUACCCUCUGCCAAAAAACGAAUGGUAUUCAUUCGUUCAGUUAUUUUUUUUGAAAACGUGUUCCGAUGGUAUGAAAUAUCCAGUGUCUCCUUAUCUUGAUAUGGAAGUACGAGUUAAGUCUUAUUUUUACGCUCAUCCCCAGGAUCAACGCAGUGUUCUUAGUGUGCGCAUGUAACCACCGGCUCAUAUCUAGCUAUCCAUAAUAGAAUCAAUUGGGUGGCAUACUUUUGAUAUACCAUUAUGACUAAUUGGUUAGCGAUAUUUAUCGAGACUAAUCAGGACUAUGUGAGAUGUUACCUCAGAUCAAUGAAUACCGUACCAGCCUCUGGUAUAACGUUAACCGUAAAGUUUUAUACCCGUCUUUUCGUUUUGUAAUAAGUUGUAAGUUUCUGGAUAAUAAGAGACGUCUGAAAAUUA